GAAGACGCAGAUGUUGAUACGCUUAUUUCGGAAGAUGAACGACAAGCACAGAUGAAGGACAUCAUCCACGGCCUCAAAAAUAGCACUCCUGGGUAUGCUUCUACAACUCCACCUUCGCGGAUAACAGCGGACAUAGCGGAUGUGGAUUUAGACGCUGAAAUACCAGGUGACAGGAAAUUCGUAGUUCUCGCGAAACAUUUCUGUGCCAACGCUUCGGAUCUCGCGACGCGCCUAGCGGUUCGUCUUGUGCGCGACAAUCGGUUGCGUAUUUUUGCGUGCGCACCUUGUUGUCACCACCAGGGCUUGCUGUACAAGGAUUUUAGGAGACACAAACAACAGGACAAGGAAAACUACGCCGGUAGUUCAGAAGAGCUUGAUCGAGAUCGUGCAGGAGAAGCAGAUGUUGAACAAGUUGGAGAUUACGAUCUUGUGGAUGUUGAUCCAGAAGACGACACGGAGUUACCGCCAGAGGAGGAGGAGGAAACUCCAACACUAGAAUCUGCUGCAAAUAAUGGACCUUCCAAUACUGCUAGGACUACAGCCUCGAAUGCUUUUUAUUGUGGUCGAUCUUUUUGGGAGGAUGUCUGCGGAUUCGGAGCGAAGCACUUCUCCUUAGCGAAGCAGCUGAUCUAUCUCAGCAAAAUCCCGACUCUCCGAAGCAACACAUGUAAGAGAUGGAAAUUGCGUGACAUCUAUCCCGAUGUACGAGAGCUAAAAGCCCUGGGUCUGUUGGCACGACGCUUUCUGGAGGAGGGCAGGCUGAGACACCUUCGCGAAAGUAUUCAGCAGAUGAACAAGCAAAAUCGCGACCACGACAACCACAAUGCUGAAGAUGAGGAACUCGAUAUUGGCGUGGUCCAAUAUUGUAUGGAGUCUGUCACUCCGGACAACCUCUUGCUAGUUUGCGCCCCUCUCCGCAGUCUGAAUGCUCUAGGGAAACUUCAACAGAGCGGAGACGAAGCCCAAGCGGAUUCCUCGUCAACAACUACACUGGCUCAAAAGAGUGGAACAGCCGCAGAGGUAGCAACCCUCGGCGGCCACGGACUGCUGUGCACGCUUGUUGCAGAGGCCACUGUCGCGUGUCAACCUCAAAAAGUAUGCGAAUUCCUUCUCGAAAACAGGGCGCGGUUUUUCCCGUCAAUUCUUGGCUGUCAUAUCUGCGAUGCGCCACUACUAUCCGACUUCGAAACUGUGAGGACAGAAGCCCAGAAUCCGGACGAUGAACGUAGUACUAACAUCACCAAGGUACCGCAGACAAAUCUGAAGAAAAAAAGUAAGGGACCAUUGGGCACUGAGACGCGACAAGUGAUCAUAUCUUCGAGAAGCAUGCUCGAAACUGCGAAGGAACUCGCAGACUGCACUGUUCUUGCACCUCUAGUGGACAGGAUUUUCCCACAUAACAGCCAGUUUUCUGUGCACGCGUUAGAGGAUACUGGCUCGGUGGCCGAACACGUGGGACUCCAAAUGUGGCUGAAGCAAGCGGUACUAAGUGCGGCAGUAAAUGGACAUCGAUCAAGAAAUUCCGAUGAUAGUACAAUACCCGUUUCGAGCAAAGCGACUAGCAACGCCAACGUUGAAGGAGAAAAUUUCGUUGCAAUCAAGUGUCUGGUGCAACCACGACGUUAUCUGAAGGAAGUCUUGGACCUCGUCCUGGCUGCUAUCGAUGAAGCGAAAGACGAGUCAGAAGCUGAGGUUGUACUUGUGCCAGGUAGCAACUUCACACACACGCUGAGCUUCGCCGCUUGGCGAGGAGUAGAUAGCGCUACGGAGAUAGGUGUUUCGCUUCUUCCUCGAGAUGCAUACAACCCAAGUGCAUUCUCACCUGACGGGCGAACGAAGAAAAAGGAGCAGAAGACCUGGUUCUUCAGAAUGAAGGAACUGCAGAUGCGUGCCGCUUCAACGACUGGGCAUCCAUUAGCGAAGCUCUUGUUAGAAGACAGCGUCAGCGACGUAACUACACUAGCAAGUAGCAACGAAGACAAACAGAAACAGUGCCGUCUACUCUACAUCGGCGAUGAGGGUGAGUGCUGCCAAAUGAGAAAUUCGCUGACAAAUGAAACUACCCAGACUAUGAAGCACGUUGAAGUGGAACACCGGACACACGCUGACUUCAUUUCCGACUCAGGUCCAUUUUCUGUCAAUCUCCCUGACAUGAUUCUAGUCGACCUUGGCAAGCGCACGCAAUGGCAGAAGCAGGGAGAAGCGAUUGCAUCUGUCAAAGCGCGAUUGGAAGAAUUCACAAAGAACUCAAAACAACUUUCCAGUUGUGGAUCCACAGAGACAAGAGCAGAUACUGUGUUCGGAUUGAGUGCAAUCCCGAUUGUCGCUCGGGUCUUUGCCAAUGAUGUUUCCAAAUUCGAGAUUCGAAGGCACCUGAAACAGUGGUGCACAAAUCUUGCUGCACUUGUCAAAGGAGCCUCCACAGUAUCGCGCUUUGAAAUUCUGCAUUUAUUGUCUGAUGCCAAACUGGAGAGAUCUCUUAUUAUGAUUUGAUUGCAGCACGAGAUGGAGAACGCAACCCCAUUUCCAAGAAAAGGUAUAUGACCUCCUCACGCAGUCGAAUUGAGACAGAAAAGAAUUUGAUGAUUUCAUAUCUGGGGUACUUCGGAGAAGGAGUGCAGUGAC